AUGGCGCUGUUUUACGCCUGUGGCCAGAGGCAGGCAGCCCUGUGUGUGGGGGCUAAUAGGACGCACCCACGCCACGCCGAGGCAGCCACCUGGCCGCCGCCCCCGCCGCCCCCGCCGCGUCCCCUGGGGACGCAUCCAUCAGUCCGGCGGCCGGCCGCCGCUGAUGACGAUAAAUGUGCGGCGCUGCGCGGCCCGCUGCCGGCCGGCCCGGCACUCACGACUUGCACAAAUCACCCGCCGUGCGCGCCGCCCCCUGCCCCCUCUUGGCCCCCUGCCCCCCUCGCCCGAUACUUUGAAAUACGUCGCGUAGCACAGCGCGGGCCCGGCGACGCCCACCGACGCGCUUCGCCGCCGACGCCACCGCCGCUUCCUAAAUUGAUCGGCUGUCCCGCAGUUGCUUCCAGCAGUGGCGCUGCUCGGCACUCCAAUUAUUCAAAGGGCCGGACGCGGGCAGACGGCUCGCGCCAACAGUCCGUCUCCGGCGCGCGUCGGCCAUCAAUCAGGCGACGGCGCGGCCAGCCGGCCGAGCGCCGCCGAGGCAGCGGGUCGCAGGCCCCGCUGACAUCUGCAGCGCGCCGGCUGCCGCGGGGGCGGUACGGGCCCCCACCCCACUCACUGCUGGGCUCCAUCUGCCGGCGCGGGGUGCUCGCCGGCUUGAAUGAACGCCAGAGGAGCGGAGGCGCGCGACCGGAGCAAGGCACGCGGCAGGCGCCUGGGGCACGGCAGCCGGGCGAGUGCAUUGGAUCGCGAAGCGCGCGCAGCCGACCGCACCCGCGCCCGACACGCGGGGGCGGCCGCCAGCUGCACGCGUUUUACCUGCGCCCCGCCGCCGCCGCCGCCGCCGCCGCCGCCUCUGACCGCCUCGAUGCGCCGCAGAGGGAGCAGCAACUAGGCACUGCCGCGGGCACAGGGCGGAGGCAGCAGUUUGCGAAAGAGACGCUGUCCGGAAACGAGAGAGGGAAGCGAACACCUCCAACUCGCGACGGGAAUUUCUCUCGUCCCUGA